CCACGACUGCAACGAGUGUGCGCAUUAUAGCGAAAGGAGAGACUCGGACUCUGCUCCGAUGCCAGACGACACCAUGUUUCGCCCUCCCAUCAACCGGGCUAUGAAAAUCCUCGACCGCGCCUUUUUCAAGAAGACUGUCCCCACCUCCGCCGCCCGCAUCUUCAAGCAGAAGGAUAUCAGCACGUGCAAGAAAGAGCUGGAAAGCGCAAAGGAUGCCCUGUUACUGCCACGAUUCCUUACUAUAGUGAACGAUCCCGUGGAAGAGACCGCAAAAGCUGGAGGGAAAUGCAUACUCUUAAAGCCGGAGGUUCGACACGAUGACUCGCAAACAUGGAGCCCUAAACUACGAGACUUCCAGCAGAGUGGGACCGUGGGGGUAAUACCCUACGAUCUCCAUCUCAACUACGAUUUCUGGUCAUACUCCGAAAUAAUGGACGCCAUCCUCCCCGAAGAAGAUGGCAACCACGACCCUCCUACCGGCUUCACUCUAGUCGGGCACGUUGCCCACCUCAACCUCCGCGACCACUACCUCCCCUGGAAACACCUCAUCGCCAACGUUCUCGCCGACAAGAACCCCACCGUGCGCACCGUUAUCAACAAAAUCGACCGCGUCGGCGAAGCAAACCCCUACCGCACGUUCCAAUAUGAAGUCCUCCACGGGCCGGACGAAAUGGUCGUCGAGGUCCACGAACAAGGCUGUGUAUUCAAAUUCGAUUUUGCGAAAGUGUAUUGGAAUAGUAGGCUGCACACCGAGCAUGAGCGGCUUGUUGGCAUAUUCAAAGAAGGCGAGGCGGUCGCAGAUGUAAUGGCGGGGAUAGGCCCGUUCGCCGUACCAGCGGGGAAGAAGAAAAUCUUCGUGUGGGCGAACGAUCUGAAUCCAGAAAGUUAUGAGGCGCUCAAAGAUACAAUCAAGGGGAACAAAACGGGGGACUUCGUCAGACCGUUCAACGAGGACGGGGCGAAAUUCAUAAAGACAGCGGCGGCGGAGUUACUCAAAACACAACACAGCGUCACGGUCAAAACGCGAAAGGACGUCAAAGCAGCGCGCUCUGCUCGCACGAAGCCCGCCUCCCCCAAAGCCUGCGCACCCCUCGAAGCUCCUCCUAGCCAGACCCUCACGCAGCCCCGCUUCUUCAACCACUUCGUCAUGAACCUCCCCGCCUCUGCCCUGAGCUUCCUCCCGGCAUUCAUCGGGAUAUACGCCCAACCAGCUUUCAAAGCACUCCCAUCCGAAGAACGCGAGAAGAUUUCGAUGCCGAUGGUGCACGUCUACUGCUUCAGCUACAAGAGCGACGAUAACGUGGCGCAGACGGCGGAGAUCUGUGAGGAGAUCUCGAAGUUACUAGCGACGGAUAUCAAGCCAGGUACGCCUGAGACAAGGGUAUGGGAUGUGCGCGAUGUAGCGCCGAAGAAGCGGAUGUUCUGUGCCAGCUUUAGGCUACCGAGGGAGGUAGCGUUUCGAGAGGUUUGAAUUUAGGUUGGAGAUCUUAAGGGGUGAGCAUUUGCGUGGCUUACAUAAGGACUAGAGAAAAGUUAGGAUUCUGUACGGGCAAAACCAGGAUCUCAGCGACGGCGUUGUGGAUAGGAAGCAAAAGUAUACCCCUCUCCUGAACACACUAUACUGAUAUCCAUCAAAUCCGUGAUUCAGCGUGUAUUCGUAUGAGCGAUGCUGGUUUUG